AAGUAGCUAAGCACGGUCUUAGGAUGAUACUAAGAUGCUUAGAUUAUAUGAAACCUCAUUGGUUUGCCGCUGAAAAGUGUCAUACCAUAAUAAGCAAUUUGGUUAAAUAUAAAAAUAUUAAUCUUGAUAGUGAUAUUAAUUUCUCUUCUGAUGAUAAUGGAUCGAAUGGAAAACCUUCAUCUAAAAAGAGGCGUUCUGCAUACCAUUCUACUAAUCUGGAUGAUAUGGCACCUGUUUCAACAAUCAACGAAAUGUCAGCUUCGUCCCAAUCUCCUUCAACACCACCAUCAAUUCCAAGUCAAAUAAAUGCAACGCCUGCUUCAAUUCGAGAAUAUAGCGCUGCAAUGAGACAACAUGUGAUUAAUCAAGUUCCUUCAAAUAUCAAUGGAACACAACCAUUUAGUUAUGAUCCAAAUUCCUCUCCAGCUUCUGAAAGUUCGACUACAAGUUAUAUGUCGAUUAAUGAUCCUACAAUGAAAGCAGAUAAUGAAUUAUUUAUGGAUUCUCACAUUCCAGAAGUUUCGUCAUUUAUGUUUAAUGAUAGUGAAAAUAACCCAUUUUUGUCGCUUCCAAUUUCUCUCGAUUGGACUAAUUUGUAUGA